GGGGCUAGUCAGAGUUUGUACUUUGAAACGUCCCCCCAGGCUUUGCUGGUCCUGUGUACCUCUGGUUGUCAGCAGGGCUGGCUCAUGGAAGGACCUUAUAAAAGAUCUAUGUAGAGGUGUUGAGGUAUUAGUCAAGACUGAGAGGCUGAAGAACACAGAGGAAGAAACCCUUUUCCUUAAGCCCAAUGAUGGGUUACAGCGAGCUGUGUCUGUUACUGCUGCUGAGCAGCUACGCGUUGGCUCAGGACGGCAACGAAAAUAAUGAACAAACUUCAACAUGUCCGUUGGCAUCCAGAUUCAAGACCUAUAGGAAAUAUGUGUACCAGUACACCACAGAGAGCAGAAACGGUGCGACGGGCAUUGCCAACCUGAAGAACGGCCCUAAAGUCACUUGUCAGGUAGAGAUCGAAGUCCCCCAGCCGUGCAGAUUCAUCAUGCACACCAGGGACUGUGCUGUCAGCGAGGUCUCUGACAUGGAUCCCCAGGGCCAGCCGGUCUACAGGCAGGCCCUCGGCUCUGAGGCCUUCCAGGCGGCCAUGGAAAAGAACCCUCUGAAGUUCACCGUGGGGGAAGUCACCAGUAUCCAGCUUUACGCCGAGAUGGACGAGCCAGUCAACAUCCUCAACAUUAAGAGAGGAAUUGUUUCAGCUCUCAUGGUGCCGGUCAUGGAGGAUGAAGAGAACAGCCUCAUGAGCACAGUGCAUGGCCAGUGUUUAACAGACUACCUGGUGAAUGUCAUGAAGGAUAUCGCCACAGAUGUGACACUGUCCAGAGAUCUGUCCCAGUGUGACCAGUUCUACAGCAGGGAACUAGUCAACAGCCCCCUGGCCCUGCUGCAAAAACUGCAUCGCCCCAUCUCUAAACUGAUUACAAGCACUCAAAACUGCAACUACCAGUUUGAUAACAAGGGAAAGCACAUCAUGGCAGCCAUCUGCAUGGAAAAACACAUCUACCUGCCAUUUACCCAUGAGGACAAUGGAUUAUCAUCUUUGGUUACCCAGGAUUUCAUCUUUCAAAGCUCCAGAAGGAUCAACAACAGAAUAUUUGAUGUGAACCCCAGCCAGAGCAAGCCACUCCACUUUGAAAACCCUGAGGAUAAAGCUCCAGUCCAGACGAAGGACGCUGUUCUGAGCACCCUACAGGAACUCGUAGCUUUAGCAGGCACAGACCAGGGUCAGAAGAGGACCAGCCUUUUCCAUAAGCUGGUGUCCAGCCUGCGCGUUCUGAGGAACGAGACCCUGAGCCAGACGGUCACUGAGAUGUUGGAUAUGUCACGCUGGCUCACCUGGCAGGCCCUGUUCCAGUGUGGAACCACGGAGUGCACCAGCGCCAUCCUCCAGGCUAUCAGGACCAUUGAUGGGUUGCCAUCAGAGGUGGACGCUGUAGUCUAUGGGCUGAGUCUACAGGCUAACCCUGAUGCCGCACGUGUCCGAGAUAUGCUCAGCAUGGCUCAGUAUAGACAGAGCAGGGCAAUCAUGUAUGCUCUAGCCAACACAGUCAAGAAGUUCCAUAACGCAGAGGUUACUCCAGUGGUCACAGAUGUGUCAAUGUUCAUGGAAACACUCUUAAAUGACUGCUCAGGAGAAAUCCUUGAUGAUGGCUCUGACUCUCCCGCUGACCCCAAAGAGAUGUCCUUCCUUGUACUGAAGGUUGUUGGUGUCAUGGGUCAAGCCAUGCAAGCUGUCAGCCCCAGCCUGAUUUCCUCCAUUCUGCGGUGUGCCAAGAAAACCGACAUUCCAUUGUCAAACCAGAAGGCAGCUAUACAGGCCUUUAGGUUGAUGGAUAUUAACGAUGAGGUCAGAGACAUUUUCCUGGAGGUGUACCAGGAUGCUCAGAGCCCUGUUGAAAAACGUGUAGCAGCCUACCUGAUGGUGAUGAAGAACCCAGACCAAGCCCUGGUUAGAGACAUCCUGAACAAUUUGGAGAAUGUGAGGGACGAGCACCUCAAGAGCUUUGUGGUCUCCCACCUGAAAAACAUCCGCAAUUCUGGCGAGCCACAAAUGGAUCAACUCAGGGAGUACAUUGAGUUGGCCUUGACAGACCAGCUAUCACCCACAAACGAGGUAUUUGAUGGCAAGUCAAGCAAUUACAGAAUAGAAUCUCCCUUGGGCUCAGUGCAGAGCAACAUCAUCUUUGAUGCCAUGGACACCUUACCUAAGGAGGUUAUGCUGGAGACCACGCUAAAGGUUUUUGACUACAGCUAUGACAUCUUUGAGGUUGGUGUUGAAGGAACAGGAUUUGAACCAACAAUCGAUGCUCUCUUCGGAGAGAACGGUUUCUUCCCUGACUCCAUCUCCAAAGUCAUGUACUGGGCAGGUGACAAAGCCAAGAUGUUAAGAAAGGUUAUGGAUAAUAUCACCCCUGAAAGAGACAGAAUAAAUAGACAGGUCCCAGAGGAUCUCCUGAAAGAUAUCACAUCCAGUGUCCAGAAGCUCAUGGAUGACGUGCGCUUCUCUCCAGCCCCUGAAGCCAUUGCCUAUCUGCGGCUUCUGGGAGCUGAGAUAGGAUACAUGAAAACCAGCGACAUGAAAAAGAUGGCUGAAACUCUGUCCAUGUACUACCAUGUUUUCAUCAAGGUGCUACCUGCCCAGGCCUUUAUUGCAAUGACAUCUAGCACUGAAAAUGAAGUCUUCGCCCACUACAUCUUCAUGGAGAAUGCCUUCUCUUUACCCACUGCCUCUGGCUUCCCUCUCAAGUUCUCACUAGCUGGUGUGUUUGCACCUGGUGCCAAAGGAGGCCUGACUCACUCCUCUGCCAGCACAACGACUGACUUGUCCUUCAUGCCUUCAGUUGGGCUAGAAUUCAUCACCCAAAUGGGUGUGCACAUCCCAGACUAUGUGGAGGCUGGGCUUGAGAUGCACACUAAUAUGUACCAUGAGAGUUCCAUUAAUGCUAAGGUCACCAUGGGCAGAAACCAGAUGAGACUGUCCAUCCCUGCUCCGAAGUCAAACACUCAGUUGUUCAGCAUUAGCAACAAGCUGUUGUCAGUGUCCUCCGGUGAAACAAAAAUAGUGCCAUCCCCGGUGGAGGACCGGACUGACUCAACUGACUGCCAGCCCCUUUUCAGUGGUCUGAAACUCUGCACAAUAGUGCGUUACUCCAAUGCUACUUCAAUAGACCAGACCACAUAUUAUCCCAUGACCGGAGAAAGCAGGUUUGCAGUUGAAAUCCAGCCGACGGGAGAAGUUUCAGAGUACACGGCCACCAUCACUGGCGAAACACUCAGAGAGGGUAAAAGGGGUCGUCAUAAAGUAGACUCUCUGAAGCUAACCCUGAGAGCAGAAGGGAGCGAUUCGUCAGAGGUCACUGCGUCUAUGAAAUACAACCGCAACAAGAACACUCUCACCACCGAGGUUGUCAUUCCCGACUAUGAUGUGGAGGCAGGCAUCAAGCUGGCUGUAACUGACAGUGAUGCCAAAGGAAAGAAGAUGAGAGGUAUCACUAUUGACGUCACCAACAGGAACAUCCCACAGUUCACUCUUGUUGGACACACAAGACUUGCCAUGAUGAAGGAUGCCAUGCUGCAACUCCAGAUGGCCAUUCCCUCUCUGAAAACUGAUGCCUCAGUCACUGCAACCCUGAGGAGGGAUGAGGUUGCGCUCAUGGACAUAGAGACAGUCAUCAACCUCCCUGAGACAUCCUACCAACAGAAAGCUUCCCUCAAAUACAAUGAUGACAGGUUUGAGGUGGAACUGAAAACGGACCUGAAUUCAGAGAUUCAACUGAUCCCAAAUUUAGAGGAUCAUCACAGGCAGCUGCAACAGCUCAUCGAUACUAUCCUGGACCAGAAAGUGACAAAGACUGAUAUUAAACUUCGUCACAUAAUCACCAAAGGAUUCGAGGCAGGUGAUAUAUGGUUAGAGAAAUUGACAGCACGCUUCCCCUAUCUCGCAAAGCUGCGAAGCAAGAGGAGCACCUCAGAUCUCACCCUGCCUGCCCUGCCUGAGAAACUGUUCAUGCACUCUGACAGCUUGUUCCGAUACCAGUUCAACAAAGAUAAAAUGGCCAUCUCACUUCCUCUUCCACAUGGAGGCAAAAAGUCAGAAGAACUGAACAUCCCAACCACUCUGUCUAUUCCGCUUAUAGCUAUACCAGAGAUAGGCCUAAAUAUCCCGGCCAAAAACUAUCCACUGCCAUCAUUCACUAUACCGCCUUCUUUGGAUUUCACUGUCCCCCUUCUCGGUCUGGCAGAAGUAUCCACCAAGAUAAAUAGCAACGUCUACAACUGGGAAGGCUCCAUCUCUGGGGGCAACACCACUGUUGAUGUCCCAAGCUACAUUGCACAGUACAAGGCUAUGGGCCAAUCACCCUUCAACCUACUGUCAUACAAACUUGAAGGAACCGGGAUGAUGACGGGAAAAGCUGAUGAUAAUCUCAAGUAUCUUCUGAAUAGUUCCUUCAGCCAUAGUUUCAUUGACACAAGCUUUAGUGUCUUAGAAACAUUAAGGGUAACCAACAAAUUGAAUGCAAGGGCCAACUAUAGGAUUAAAGCCUCUAGUCCAAUAGGCCUGCAAGCCUUUCUCUUCUACGCUGCUCAGUCAAGUUCAACUCUAGAUUCAGAUGAAGUCUCAGGAGAUGCCACCAUGGACGGAUCGCUUCAAAUGGGUUCAUUCUACACCAAUACCUCCUACAGCAACAGCUACAACCUGCAUCCACUAGACGGAGAAGGAAGAGGAGAGUCCACCCUGCACUUCACCUCGCCAUUAAUUGAAGUUCACAACAUGAUCCAGGGAGUCUACGCAAACUCUGAGUUGAACAUUGUGUCCAAAACCAAUGCCCAGAAAGACGUCCUCAAGCAUGUAGCAGAGCUCAAGUAUAAAGAUGCACAACUUACCCUAAAGUGCAAUGCCGUUGCCACAGCCAUGGGUAAAUCACUCAAUAACAAAGUUGAGCUUGGUGUGUCAAGCCAUAUGGCCAUCCUCAGAAUUGAGUCACAGGCAGAUGAUGACAGAAAUAGGGCAUACUCACUUAUAACAGGAUCCCUGGAUUCAAACGGGCUUGACUUAAACUCUGAAGGUUCCCUCACCUUUGACACAGGUCGUGGAAUGCACAAAGCUUCUGUUAUGGUUGGCAGAAAUGGUCUGACCACAAGUGGAACUAACAGCAUUCAGUGCAGCCCCGUCACACUGGAGAAUAUCUUUACUUGUGCCAUAGACAACAAUGGAGCAUCUCUGUCCUCCAGGACCAAAGUAAUGGCUGAGGAGAGCAGAGGAGAGUUGAACAUUGAGGGUAUUGUCACAGCUGAGGAAGCCUCUUUAAAUGGUGUCCUUAAGGGCCAUGCAUACGAUGCAACCACAAGAAACAAAAUGGAUAUUGUACUGAACCGUAGGGCUCUGACCUUCAUUGGCAAUACCAUGGGAACAUUGAAGCAGAUGAAUACAGAAAAUAGCCACACACUGACCCUCACUUUGUGGACCCUAGCCCUCCACUCCAAGACAAACAACUUAAUCUGUGAAGAUGUUUACUACAAGCAAGACGCCAAGGUUGAUAUGAAGCCAUUUGUCAUGUCAUUUGAUGUGACAAAUGACCUCAAGUUGUAUGAUGUCAGUUUGAACAAUGAAGGCCACAUGAAGCUUGAACCAAUUAAGAUGGAUCUGAGUGGAACUAUGAAGGGAGCUUACGGAGAAGAAAACAACAUUAAACAUACCUAUGAACUCAAUUAUGAUGAUAUGGCUGGUACAAUGAAAUACAGCACAUCUGGAAAAAUAAUGGACGCCCAGCUAAGUCACAACUGUGAACUUGAGUUUGCUGGACUUUCCUCCAAGUCAAACUGUGAGGCAGAAAUAAAUUCUGAGCCUCUACGUUUUGACAGCACCGUUCGCACCAUGGCACAGCCUUUCAGCCUCAGUGUUGAUGCUCUUGUCAACAGUGAUGGAGAAAUUAAUCUAUAUGGGAAGCACACUGGACAACUGUACAGUAAGUUGUUGGUUAAAGCAGAGCCCCUAGCUUUUGCAUACUCACAUGACAGCCGGGUAUCAACAACACAUAUGCUUCCAAAUGGGGAGUUAUCCACCAAUUUAGACAACAAAUUUGAUGGCCUCCUGACACCAAGUGACCAAUCUUUGACCUGGAAAGUAAAAUCUAAACUGAAUGACCAUGUUUAUAACCAGGACAUCAGUACUUACAAUAAUCCAGAGAAGAUUGGAUUUGAGUUUUCAGGAGUAAUGUUAAAUGACAUUUUCAGCAAAUUGAGCAGAGACAAAAGGUCAGAAAUACAAGAAUUUAGUAUGGCUGGUUUCCUCAAGUAUGACAAGAACAGUGACUGUCAUAUCAUUGACAUCCCAUUCAUUGAGAGCUUUCCUGUUGCUUUUGAGCAGCUUAAGAACACACUUGUACAAGCCUUAGAAUCACUUCAACAGUUCAUCAACAAGUUAGAUAUUAAUCAGCUAAUCAUUAACUUGAGAGCCAUGUUAGAGCGGCUACCUAUGCAAGUGAGUGACUUUAUGCGAGAAAUGGACUUGGAGAACAAAGUGAAUCUAGUAAAAGCAAAACUUGAUCAUUUGAUCAAUGACUUUGCAGUAACAAUGGAUGACUUUGAGGUUGCGGUGAACAACUUGAGAAAGAACAUGGAAAAUACGGUAAUGGACAUUGCCACCAAAAUGAGAGACCUCAUCCUUACAGUCAAAGACUAUGUCAAGGACGGACAACUUGCUGACAAGAUAACAAAUGUACUUUCAGAAAUUGAAAAUCAGCUUCAGGCCUUUGAUGAGAAGUAUGGAAUCAAGCAGUCACUCGUCAUAGCACUUGAACACAUCGAGGACAUCAUCAGACAGAUUAAUUUACAGAAGCUCACAGGAAGCAGUGCUGCGUGGCUGCAAGAACUUGAUUCUAAAUAUGGAAUCAUUGAGAAAAUCAAAGACGGACUGUCCAAAGUGAAACAGGCCAUUGAGAACCUUGAUGUCAACAUAUUUUUCCAAGAUGUAAAGGAUUACCUUCUCUCAAUUGAUUUGGCCAUGUAUGUUGAGCAGCUAUCAUAUACAAUCCCCUCGUCAGAGAUAGCAAAAGUAAUGGAAUCUAUGAAUGAUGUUAUUGUUAACUGGAUUGAUGAAUAUGCAAUCCCCCAAAAAUUCAAUACGGUGUAUUCUUACAUUAGGGAUAUACUUUUAAAAUACGGUCUUGAUGAUAAAUUUAAAGAAUUAAUGGAUCAGGUUGUGAUUCUCAUCAAGGAAUUCAAAAUUGAAGAGACUGUGCAGUCAAUGGUAGAUGCUCUGAAAUCUAUCAACUUUGAAUUUGUUUAUGAUAAAAUUAUGCAACUUCUGCACAGUGUGACAAGCCAGCUCGGAGCAAUUGAAUAUAGGAAAAGCAUUGAUGACCUUAAUGAAUAUAUUUCUUCAGUGCUUAAGUCAAUGAAGGAACUUGACUACAGUGCAUUUGUUGAUGAGACCAACAAGAAGAUUGCUGAACUUACAAACUAUAUGAACGAGCAGGUUAAAACAUACGAGAUUGUGCAAAAGAUUGAGGCAGUUAGGGAAUUUUUCAGAGAGAUCCAAAGUUCAAUCUUCACAUAUUUGGAUGAACUCAAAAACACAAAGGUGGCUGACACUGUUAAGAAACUGAAAAAUGUGAUUGACACUACAUUUUACAAUGACAUCAAGAUGAAAGUGCAGGAUAUCCUUGAGGACAUGCGACAAAGAAUCCUUGAUAUGGAUAUCAGAAACGAAAUGUACAUUUACCUCCAAAGAGCAAGUGAAUCCUACAGCAACGUGGUGGCCUACAUUUCUGUGCAAUUAGACCAACUGAUAGAGAAGAUCAGGAAAGUGGCCAGUGACAAUGAGAUCAUCAUCCAGAUGAAGCAAACCGUAGAUGGGGUUCUGGGUGCCAUGAAAAGAGCUGAGAUUGAAGUUCCCACUUUUACAGUACCUCUCACUGACCUUACCAUUCCAACAUUCACAAUCAACCUGAACAAACUGCAGGAGAUCAGUAUCCCAGCAAAGAUUUCAAUCCCUGAGUUUACCAUCCUCAACUCCUACACAAUUCCUGCCUUUACCAUAGACUUUGAUGAGAUCAAAGCAAAGAUAGUUGCAAUCAUAGAUGACAUCAGAGAAUUUGAGAUCCAAACACCUGACCCUGAGGAAAUCUUUGGUGACCUAAAAGUUCUCUACCUAUCUGAACUACCAGAUCUCACCUUCCCAGAAAUAACUCUAUCAGAAAUAAAAUUUCCAGCCAUCAACAUCCCCAAAUUAAAUCUGAAUGACUUUGAAAUUACAAUGCUUCCAAUACCAGAGAUCAAAUUGCCUGAGGUUCCCAGUGACAUUUGCAUCCCAGUUUUUGGCAAACUCCAUGGAGAAUUUAGAGUGAACUCCCCACAGUACAUUCUUGAAAUGACAGGGAAGAUUGAGAACUCAACGUCCACACCAAAAAACCCACAGUUUAUAGCCACUAUUACUUCUCAUGCUAAAUCACCCAUCAAGCCCCUUGAACACACCUUUGAAGCCACUGCUCAGUUGGAAGCUCCCAGAAUGAAGAAGUUGCUAUUCACAGAAACAGUGAAAGCUACACAUGUGGCCUUCUCCAUUGAUCAUGAAGGAUCCUUGACACUCACUGGCUCCUCUGCUGAGGCUCUGGCUAAGACUAUUACCAAGGCCACAACCCAAAUGUACAUGGCAGACUUGGUCAACAAUAUGGCAGUUACAUUGAAGAAUGAAAUCUCUGCAGCCAUAGACACAACCUACAACCACACUUUGGACAUCCCAGCAAUUGAAACUUCAAGUCAGGCAUCAAUGAAUCAGAAUAUAGCAGCCACCAUGGAAUCAGGCAGACUAACUGUGACCAGUGCAACUACUGGUGAUGGAAAGUGGUCCAUUCAAGACUACUCUGAUGAAGGUACACACAAAAGCAAUGUAGAAUUCAACAUCAAUUUUAGCACUGCCAAGUUAACUUUUGUUGGAGAAACAGACUCUAAGGCCAUUAAAUCCAAGCAAACACUUACUGCUGAAUCAGUGAUCUCAAGCCAUAUCACUGUUGAAGCAAGAUGUGAAACUGAAGUUCCAUCUGUCAAGAAGAGUGUCAUGGUUUUAAAUGGAGAGGCUCAUAUUGGGGACUUGAAAGUUGCGAUGACAGCCUAUCAUGAUGCUGAAUUCACUGGAAGUCUGACUGGAUUCAUGGCCAACUCGCUGGAAUUCAUGGCCCAUCCAUUUGAGAUUGUGCUCGAUGUUAAGAAUAAAGUAAAUUCAAAAAUGUUCUUCCCCUUGAAACUUACUGGUAAGGUCGAUCUCCAGCAUGAUUAUGGUGUCAUCCUAAACUCUGAGAAGCAGCGUGCUUGUUGGUUUACUUUGGCAAGAUUCAACCAAUACAAGUACAAUCACAACUUCACAGCAGAAAACAAUGAAAUGGACAUCUUCUUUCACUCAUCAGCUAAUGGAGAGGCUAAUCUGGACUUUUUGACUGUUCCUCUAUCAAUCCCAGAGAUAACUGUACCUUAUCUUGAGAUUAAGACCCCUGAGGUCAGAGACCUCUCUCUGUGGGAAAAUGCUGGAUUUGAAACUUUGCUUACCAAUCCUCAACAGUCCUUCGAUAUAAACCUGAAGCUUCAUUACUACAAGAACCCUGAUACACACAGCUUUGAAUUACACCUUGAACCAAUUUACGAUGCAAUUUCGGACAAUGCCAACAUCAUCCAGGCUAAAUUUGAACAAUAUAGAGACAAAGUAAUUGCACUUCUAAAAGAUUCAUACAACCAAGCAAAGGCACAGUAUAUCAAACAUAAAAUAGACACCUCGAGUCUGCCUCCUAGAAUCUUCACUGUCCCUGGAUACAAAAUACCAUUCCUCAAUAUUGAGGUUUCUGCCUUCAGGGCUGAAAUGCCAGCCUUUAGCUACUUUGUUCCCAAGGAGGUCAGUACACCAAGCUUUAAAGUUCCACCACUGGGUUUCUCUGUGCCAUCCUAUACCCUUGUGCUACCAUCUUUGGAGUUACCUGUCGUCCAUGUUCCGGAAACUUUAAGUGAAAUACAGCUGCCCACUUUCACACUACCAAACAUUCAGAACAACAUUUUGAUCCCAGCCUUGGGUAACUUAACGUGUGGCUUCUCCUUCAAAUCCACUGUGAUUACCUUAAGUGCUAAUGCUGACCUUUAUAACCAGUCUGACAUUGUUGUUCGGUUCGGCGGUUCCUCAACAUCUGUGUUUGAUAUUUUUAAUGGAAAAAUUGAUGGCACCACCAGUUUGACGAGGAAGAGAGGAAUAAAACUGGCCACCACUGUGUCCCUGGAGCAUAACAAUGUGGAAGCAAACCAUGAAUGUACUGUUACCCUCACCAAAAGGAUCAUGGAAGCUUCUGUAGCCAACACUGCAAAAAUCAAUCUACCCUUCCUCAAUCUAGAAUUGAGUCAGGAACUCACCGGAAAUAGCAAGACCAAGCCAAAUGUUGCUUCCAAGAAAAAACUAAAGUACUUGUUUAAGAUUCCUCUGAUUGAGUCUGUAGGCAAAGGAAACCUUGAAGUGAACUGGGCUCUGGAAGCACUUUCUUCCUAUGUGUCACUGGAGACCUCUACUCAAGGGAAGUCAGACAUAAUGAUAAUGAACAGUUGUAACUUCGCUGGAGAACUUGAAAAUAAGGCUUCUUUCUACCUUAAUGCCAAUGGCCUGCGUUCAACUUUCAAUACUGCCUUAAUCUCAAACAUCGACAAACAGGAGAAACAAAAAAGAAGCUUAAACAGUAACAUCUUCCACGUGGACGUGGAUAAGAACUUGGCUCUUGAGGUCUCCUUGCGGCGAAUCUUUGCAACAGUUGAUUACACCAGCAAUAACAAUGUUGAUUUUGCGUCUUUCAACACAAAUGGAAAGCACAUUGUUAAAGGAGAACUAGAAUUUUUUCCUUUAACAACCUUCAAGACUACACUGAACAUUGAUGCAAGUCAGCCAAGUAGUUUCGGCCAUGCUGGACUCAUUCAGAGCAUCAACCUUGCCAUCAGCUCAGAGAAGCAGUCUUUCACUUGGAGCGGGAAGCAACAACUGGCAUCUCUGGUCCAUGCUUGUGAUUUACUCGUGUCCAAUGAUGAAUCUGAAGUACGCAUGGACUUGACUGGAUCAGUGGAAGGCCACCUAGCUUUCCUGAAGUCAGUUAGGCUUCCUAUAUAUCAGAAGAACCUCUGGGAUGUUCUAAAGUAUGAUGAGGUCACAAAUAUGGACAACUUACAAUUCCUUAACAUAUCUUCCAGCAUUGUGUACACAAAGACCAUGGAUGGCCAGAAUUAUACAAUACCAUUUGAACUAUUUGAAGACGGCAUCACUUUGAGCGUCCCUGAGAUUAGCAUUGCAGUGCCUUCUUGGAUAAAAGAAAUUUCAUACUCCAUAAUGAGGAUAGACCCACGAUUCGAAAGCCUGUAUGUCCCUGAUCAUCUCAUUCUUCCCCCUGCAAUCUUAAUUCCAGCCUUUGAUGUGCCAUUUACCAACUUGCAUGUGGAAACCUUUGGAGUUGAUCCUAAGAACUUUCACAUCCCUGAAGUCAUCACCACUACAGCUUUUGAAAUCAUGCUGCCUGGCUUGCCAAUAAUGUCAGUGCCCAGUUACGAUAUCGUAACAGAGUAUCUGCAGGGGAAAAUGUCAUUCCUUUCAUUUAAGAUGCCACUAAAUGAAAUCACAGUCUCAUCUUUCAGACUACCAAAAUCCUUUACCAUUGGAGAGCACUCUAUCAGCCUAAAUGAAAUCACAAACCAGGUUUCAAACUUCGAACUUCCAACCAUCGUCAUCCCAGAGCAAAAAAUUGAAAUCCCUGAAACUGUCUUACAUCUGCCUUUGAGUGUGUUUAUUCCAUCUUUUGGAGUGCUUAGUGCCACUCUGAAGGUUUCCUCACCUAUUUAUAGUCUGGAAACAACUGCCAACCUGGAGAAAAUGGACUCUAGCCUUGUAACUUCACUCAAUUCCAUCUGUAUUUCUACCAUGGUCUUCUUGGAAUAUGACCUCAAGGCCAGUGCAACCCUUGGAUUUGAUAAUGGAGGAAUCAAUCUAAAUGGGAAGUGCAACUUGAUUCACAGGGAUGUAAAUGUUGACUGGCAACAUGUUUUGGCACAAAACCUGAGGAUGAAGCGCCAAACCCCUCUGGCUGAUUCGAUGGAGUCUCGUCAUACACUCAACGUUGACAUCACUAGCCCAACAUUUGUUGAUGCGAACUUCCGCUUUGCUUCCCACAAAGAUGGCAUCACUGCAACUAUGUCUUGUCCAUCGUCUGGUUUCCUUGGAUUGCAGUUUCAGCGAAGGUCUCUGUCACAGUUGUAUGGAAAACUGUUCAGUCGCUACCCGUCUACUCCUGAAACAGAUACUGAUGUUUUCACUGCCAAAGCCACGCUGAGAAACUCUCAGAAGUUGAUUUUACAGACAUCAUGGAAUUUGGACUUCCUCCAUGAUGUGAUGGAGGGUACCAAGGACAGGAUUCCUGCUAUGACCGAUGCUGUGCUCAGGUUCAUUAACAAGUACCACUCCGCUCACUUUGGCUUUGAUCUCAACCGUGGUGGCCUGAAGCUGAAAAACACAGUUUCCAAUGUCAUAGAGAGAGCCUAUCAUGAGGCGCCUAUGUCUUUUAGCACACUGCAGAAUUCAAUCGAACACCUCAGUGAUCAAGGAUUAGAAAUGUACAGGAAUACUUCUGACAGCUUGAUGUCCGUGAGUGUGCAGGGUGUUAAAGACAAGGUUAGACAAGAAAUUAGACGCCACGAAGGCAAGAUUCAUGUCUUGCUAGAAGAAGCCAUACAGUUCUUGAGAGACAUAAGGGUUACAUUGCCCGGAUCUGGAGAGAAUCUCUCAGGUCUGGAGGUGUUCUCCCGAGCUGCUAAGUCUGUAUCAAGAGCCACUGACAGGGCAAUCCAAAGGAUUGCCGACCUCGUGGAGAAGAUUUCAAGCUAUAUCAGAGGAGUCGAGUUCACCAUACCUGGAACUGAUGUUGUUGUCAGUGGAAAUGAGAUCAUGGAUAAAUCAGGGUCUUCUAUGAGUUCGAUAAGACGUUUAGUGCACAGGGGAUUCAGUUUGCUGGAUGAAAUAGUUAUUCAACUCGUCACGAUGAUUGCUGAAAAGGCGGAGAAUUUGAUCACCUACCUAAAAGCUCAAAAUGUGGAAAUUGGUCCUCAAGUCGAUGCGAUCUAUGCAGAGGUUCUGCAGUCUUCAAACCAGCAUACUGAGGAGGCGAAGAGAUAUGUGGCUGAGUAUAAAGACCAUGCCAAACUGAAGAUUCAAGAGGCUUAUAACGCUCUUAGCACGGAACGGGUAAAUAACGAUGCCAUGGAGUUUCUCGGGAUUUUGCAGUCAUAUCUCAAUGGAGGACUUAAUGAAACAAUAGAUCUAAUGAGAAGGACAUCCCAGAGCACAGCACCGUACAUUAGAGUGAGCAAUAAAAAGAUGGACUUUGAAAUUCCUUUACCCUUCCUUUGGAAGUCUUUCAGUGAAUGGCCGACACAAUCCAGUCAGUAAGUCACGGCCCUCUUGAUAAAGUAGUUUCAUUAUGGCUGACCCGAUUUAUGUCUCUCUGAGAAAAUACUUUUUGUUUGAUGCCAAUAAAAAUGUGUUUAGAGGUACUAUAUGUAACAAUUUGUAUUAAUUGCUUUGUAUUGCCAUUGUAUGAACAGAUUGUAAUGUAACUUAAAUACUGAGACCAUUCAAGACUUUCUCAAGUGCCUAUAACAGCCUAUAGACUGAUUUCUAUGUAAAGGACUCGAGAUGGUUUUGCAUCGUAACGUUAGCUGAUGAAGUAAGUAAAGAUAGUAAAGGUGAUAUAUGAUUGUAAUGUAAUGUCGCGUCACUCUUUUGGCUGAUGCUCUAGCCUACAGAGAUGCUGACUGCAGUUCACUUAACGGCCAUGGGUGUCAUUAAUAACAAGGAUUUUCUGAAAGUUACAUAUAUUAUCUUUAAAGGUUUUUAAACACACAUGAAAUAUAUACAAGUUAUUCUAAUGUAAGAUUUCUUUAAAUCUGAUGAUUUAGACAAUUUAUAACCAACCAAUGUUUUCCAUCUAAGUUACUUGUUGACGGUAUUCAAUUAAACAAUACUGAAAACAGA